AUGACUCGUAAGGGAAACAUCACUGCUUUGAUAGAAAUCGACGGCAGGCGGAUGACGGACCGACAUUGGGCCAAUGGUACAGAUUUUAGCUCAGUGCUCUCCUGUACAGAAAACAGAAUUAGCAGAAUGUCUUCAAUAAUAUCCAAUAAACCGGCUUCAUAUUCAGAUACAUUUGAAACAUCUUCGUCCAUCUCGAGUUCAGAAAGUUUAGAAGAAUUGUGGACGAGGAAAGAGGAGAGUGCACAGUCAGGAAAUUCAGAAUCAGAUUCAGAAAGUCGGGCAUUCCAUAGUACGGGAACAUCAUCAGAAAGAACAUUGAGAUCUGUACAUGAUUCAGAUACGUGUACAUACCGUGACAGCAGCCAGAGAAUUCCUUCUUCAUAUUCUUCAACCAGAACAGAGUCUUAUAAUGGAACAUAUUCAUAUUCCAGCACUGCCAGCACCUGUGAAGAAAAGACUAGAAUUUCUGCUGCCGAACCAAAUGAUAGCUGUGGGAGUUACACAGAACAUGAAAACACUGACGACGAUGGCGACUCUUCUUCGUUUUCCGACACGCAGUCGUACCGCAGCGAGCUUAGCUUUGUCGAUGACUCGCAGGACACGACGAGUGACCAGUAUUCGUACUCGGAGACGUUCGAACCCUCGACGGUCGACACCCCAGCCACACACUCCGCCGCGACGGGUUCCAUGCGAGUGAGGAUGCUAGAAACACUGAGAGAAGAAUCGGAUUACGAAGACUCCCAAAGUCUGCAGAAGGAAGACAUUUAUAGUUUUGACAGGUCAGUAGAAACGAGAUCCAGUUAUGAUGACACAUUUGAACCAUCUGACAGUUAUACGGACAGCUUUAGGAUACGGACAAAAGACAUUCGAGAAAUAUCAGAAGCCGAGUUGACUGCUGCGGAGGCCCAGGAAGAGAGGGAGGAAUUUAUCAACAGAAUGUGUGAACAACUCAAGAAAAAGAAACCUGACGUUCACAGAAUACCACAGAAGAAAUAUGUUCGUGAAGAUCCUGUCUUGGUGUCAUAUUGCAGAAAGAAAAUUAAUCAGUUAAACAGCGGAACUACAGACAAAAAAGAUAUCCUGUCUGAAUUCGAGAAAGGCACUAGAAAGAAGAAGAAACCUGCUCGUCCCAUUCCUCUUGAAACAUACGGAUUGAACCCAGCAAUCCUUGAGAGACUAAAACUCGCCAACAUAAUGGAACAUAUGAAGAAGCUAUCACAAAUGGAAAUUCAUGAUGUGUUAAAAUGUAAAAAAUGCAGAAAACAGCAACAGAUAAUAGACGAAGCGAAACAUCGGCGGCGGUUUCUGGAGCAUUAUUCACGCAGACUCCAGUCUGAAAACAUGGAUGAAAAAGUGCAGCAACACCUCAUCAAGAUGAACUCUGUAAAUCUUAUUGGACAAAUAGUCGCUGAACGCCCACACCGUGACCUUAAUUCCUAUGAUCUGUUAGAGGAAUACGAACGACAGAUAUUGCGGCGGAAGCAACAAGGCGGACAGACAUGAUACAGCUCUCAUCUAGGUGCACUGGCAAACAGAUGCUUUCAGACGGUCAAGGCGUGAGACAGGAAGUUGCCUUCUCGGUGGGGCUGACUCACCACCUGAAUCUGACGGGCAGCCAAACGGUCGUCUACGACGAGAUCAUAACCAACAUCGGCGCCGCCUACGACCUCGACAGUG